UGUUAGUGAGAUCAAUUCCACGGCAAUUGCAAAUACGGAACAGUCCACACGUCCACUACCCAUUGUUUCCAAUAGUCACUGCAAACAAUUGCCAACGAUAUACCUACUGGGAUGAAUCUUGCAGCCCAUCGUCUGCUAGAACGAAAGAUGGAUCAAUUGAUGCUGGUUGUUGCCGCAAUACAUCUCCUUUAUUGUCCUUUCACCAAAGUUGAAGAAAGUUUCAAUUUGCAAGCUACACAUGACAUUCUGUAUCAUCGACACAAUAUUACCAAGUAUGAUCAUCAUGAGUUCCCAGGAGUUGUACCAAGAACGUUUUUGGGACCACUUGUAAUUUCUCUUCUUGCAUCACCAUUUGUAGCAGUUAUCAAUGUGUUGGGCUUAAGCAAGUUUUAUGCCCAGUUUGUAGUACGGGCUGUUCUUGGGUUGUGCGUUAUUGGUGCUUUCCGGAUGUUCCGUCAGUCUAUCCAGUUGGCAUUUGGACACCAAUUGACAAAUUGGUUUAUUGCAAUAACUGUAACUCAGUAUCAUUUCAUGUACUACCUCAGUCGAACACUGCCAAACAUCAUGGCACUUCCAUUAGUACUGCUUGCAUUACAGAGUUGGAUCAAACAGCACCAUGCAAAAUUCAUCAAUUUUUCUGCUGCUGCUAUUAUCAUAUUUCGAGCAGAGCUUGCAAUAUUCUUGGGCAUUUUAUUGCUUAUUGAUCUAGUCAACCAGCAAAUUCAUCCGCUGAAGUUGCUGAAACUUACCAUACCUGCAGGCUUAGUGUUCCUAAGUCUUACGAUUAUUGUGGAUUCAAUAUUCUGGAGGAGAUUACUUUGGCCUGAAGGAGAAGUUCUCUUUUUCAACACUGUUUUGAAUCGCAGCCAUCAGUGGGGUACUUCACCAUUUCUCUGGUACUUUUAUUCUGCCAUUCCUAGAGGAAUGGGAUGCUCCGUUUUUCUCGUGCCAUUAGGAAUAUACUACGAAACUCGUAUGAGAAGGAUACUACUGCCAGCAAUUGUAUUUGUCUUCCUCUUCUCAUUUCUGCCACACAAAGAACUACGCUUCAUCAUCUAUGUCUUUCCAUUAUUAAACUUAACAGCAGCUAGUGCUUGUCACAGAAUUUUUGAGAAUCGUGGCAAGUCAUCUUUUCACAGCUUCCUGGCACUUGGUGUGUGCUGCCAUCUAGUUCUAAAUGCGGUGUUCUCUGUAUUCCUACUAUGUAUCGCAGGAGCAAACUACCCGGGUGGUGUUGCCAUAUCACGACUUCAUCACUUGGCUAAAGAUGAACAAUUUGUAUUUGUACAUAUUGAUGUGUUAACAGCACAGACUGGAGUUUCAAGGUUUACAGAGGACAAUCCUAAUUGGAGGUACAGUAAAGCAGAAAAUUUAACAAGUGGCAGUAAGGAAAUGAUGACAUUCACACAUCUGCUUCUGGAAGCAAAGAGCAAAUACUCUCAAAAUUUAAAACCAUAUUCAAGGACACAUGAUAUCUUAGAUUCCAUUGAAGGUUUCUCUCACAUAACCUUAAAUUAUAAUACCUUACCACCAAUUAGAAUUAAAACAAAGCCCAUGAUAUUUAUCCUGAAAAGAAAGGAGGCUUAUAGUGAUGACAAAUUCAAAUAUACAGAAACAGAAGUAGUACCUGGUGGCAAAGAAAAGUUGCCAGUUGAGACCAAUGUUUUACAAACUGACGUGGAUCAAGAGUUUUUGGGUGAAGCUGAAGAUGUUUUAGAACUACAAGAAAGCUUAGAACCAGCAGAUGGGCUUCUACAAUCAAGUGAUAUAAAUUUUGAUGAUUAUGAUGAUGUAUUUGUUAAUCCAUUAAUAGAAGAUAAUGAAGAUGAUGUGCAUCAGGAAUCUCCACUCAUAGACCUGAACAUAGAACCUACUGAAGACAUAGAAGAGGAAGUGCAGCUGUCAAAGUUGAUGCGCAUGUCAAAAGAGGAUUUGAUAAAGGAAUUAAAGAGAGCUGAAAACAAAGCAAAAAUAUAUCCAAAGUCAGGAACUGUAAGGAGGAACAUCAAAAAAAUUAUAAAGGAAUACAGAGCUCUUAAGGAUGGAAAACGUGUUAAAGUAGAAGAAAGUACACAUAGAGACUUGUCAUCAGGUGAGGAUGACAAACAUGGUGAAUAUGUACAACUGCAGGAACCACAGUUUCCUACAGUGCAUGAGGAAAAUUACAGUAAAAUUCAUGCUGAAGGUGAACAGGUUACUAGAAAACCAGUACUUGAAAAAUACAAGGCAACACACCUUCAGCAAAAUACAGAUCAUGCAGCCCUUCCUGUUGAAACAGAGACAGCAGUUUCAUCUCUGCCUUUUGACAGUUUAACUAUUCAAGAACAAGACGAGACUAAAGUAGAGAAAGGCAAGAAAGGUAUAAAGAAAGUAAUUAAAGAGCACAAAAUAUUAGAUCAAAACAUGGACGAAGAAUCUCUAAUGGCUGUUGACAAUAUGACAGAUGAUGUAACAGUACAAAGAAAAACAUCCACACAGAAAAUCAGACCUGCCAAACAAGCACUCAAAACCAAAGUGUCGGAACAGGGAACAGAAAAUUCGGAGACAAUCACAGAACCACAAGAAAGGCCUGUGACUAUUGAAAACCAACCCGUACAAAACAAAAAGAUUGAAGUAAAAGAUAUAAAUACAAAUGAGAAAGGUACAAAUAAAAUUAUUUCAGAACGGAAAACAGCAUCUGUUCUUGAUAAUGAUGCAACGGGCUCAGAUAGAAAUCUUGAUGAUUCAGAAAAUGGGACCAGCGAGAAUGAGCCACCAUCACAUACUCCAAAACAUAAGAUAAGAGCAGCUGGUAAGAAAGUUAAAGAAACAAAUGAAGGAAGUGAUGCUGCAGAAAUUAGUACAGAAGAGCUUCAAGGAAUGCAGCUACAAAGUGAGCAGACUCCAGAGUCCAAGACUAGAAGGAAAACUGAUGAAAGAAAAACUAAUAAAGAAAUUUUAAAAGUUUCUGAUGGCAUACAGCACACGCGUGUACCACCAGAACAUAGAAGUAAUUCUGAUGAUAAAGACAAAUUAAAUGCUGCAGAUGCUUAUGAAGAAGAGACUGAAAUAUCAGUUCUUCACAACAUGGAUACAAUUUCACAAUCUAUAAUUCACGUAACAUCUGCAGAAGAAAUAAUACCUGUGAAAAAUGAAAUAGAGAUGCAGCAUGGCGAGAAAGUGUCUGAUUUAAUAAACCCAGACACACGUGCUCAAUAUCACGUUCAUCAUACAAAAAGGUCUGUGGAAGAAAUCAAGCCUACAAAGGUAACAGUAAUAGAUGCAAUUCAUCCAGAAAAAAUGUCUUUUGGAGGUUCAGUAGAAUCUAAAGGUUUAUCUCAAAGACAAAUGUCCACAGAAUUGGAUGACAUAAAUAUGCAAAUUUCAGAACCAAGUGAAGACAAGAUAUCAAAACAAGACGCUGCAUCUCAAAAAACAGAAACCAUCCCACCAGUCGUACAAGAUGAGCGUGGAAUCGAAAGUGACGAAACAGUAGAAUAUGAACAUGCAGCAACAAGAAAAUUAGGCGAAGAAGUUAUUCAAAUAUAAUGCUAAAUUAUGCUGUUUUUGGUCUGUGAUAUUGUGCAACAAGAAAGUGCAGCAGAACCACGAGAAGUGCCUUAAAAAUAUCAUGUAGUUAUAUUUAUAUGAUACUGUGACCAAUAAUACCUCAAAUUUACCCUUAAAACUGCACAAUUUUUUUAUCUAAUAUUAAAAAGGGUAUGAUGGCACGAUUGUACAGAAUGCCACAUACUUUCUUGGAUCUUUUUUGCAGUUCCCUGUAUGUUAACACAAAUUAAUGUAAUCUGUUAAGAUAAAAUUAUUCUGCCAAACAAAAGUAGCUUUAUCGAAGUGACAAAGAGUGCAGUGACAAAUAAAUUAUAUAUUACGGAGUUUGGAUCUUACUUCAACAGAAAUAUGGUACAUCAAUUUCUUUUAAGUGUUUGAAACAUCUAUUCAAGAAAAUGUGAACCCUGUUUACGGAUGCAUAAAUGAAGGGUCUGGAUAGUCAGACAUGUGCAUUACUAGGGGUGAAAAUGCUAUUUAACUUUAUGUUUUUAUAUAUCAACAACUACUGGACAGAUUUUCAGCACACCUCAGGCACUUUAAAAAAAAUUGGCACACCCUUUAUCAUAAGAAUCAUAUUGCAAGAGUAAAUGACAGAUAAUUAUGUUCUUUCAGAUAUUAAUUAGUGCCAAACACUCAUCCUGAUAACUAUCUUGGUUCUUGUGAGGUGAAAAUUGUUUUCAUCUGCACUUCUGAUGAUUAAGAACACCUAUUCCUUGAAUUUCUUUAGCAAGCAUUAGCAUUCUUGUUUUAAGUAAUCUGUGAGGUCAGAAACACAUUAUGGAAAGCAUCUACAUGUAUGAACCAUAUUUAAGAAAAAGAAAUCCAAUUUUGAGUCAAGUGCAAAUAUAAACAGCAUGUUAUUUUGAA